GAGUUUUGAUUCCAGUCAGAGUAAGGGCUGUGAGGCUGGAGAUUGAGAACUGCUCGCGUUCAGGACGGGACGCGCCAACCAGCUGCUAAAACAUUCACCCCGCGUGUGUUCCCCUGGCACUAGAUGGCUCGGUGCAAUGCACUGGCUGCCCGUGUGGCACUGGCCCUGUGGAUUACAGCCGGAUGGAGCUGGGCUGGUCGCAAGCAAGAGGAAUCGUUCGCCACGGACAGUGUUUCCAAAGCUAGAUGUACAUCGCGUUGUCUGAGCCUGCACAUCACUCGUCUCUCAGCUUUGUUCAAGAACUUUCAGGUAGACCGGACAUCCCCCUUCCUAACCCCACAGAACAAUGGGUCUUUGAAUUGGUGUCAAAAUCACAAGCAAUGCUCAAAGUGCCUUGAGCCUUGCAAAGAAUCCUGGGACAUCCAGGAGACUCACUGUCCAAGCAAGUGUGAGUUUCUUUUUCCAAAGAAACAUUAUGAGUGCCUGACGAGCUGUGAGUUCCUGAAGUCAAUCCAGUCAGCGAAGCAAGGGGACUGUCCGGCUCCAGAGAAGGCCAGUGGGUUUGCUGCUGCCUGUGUAGAAAGUUGUGAGGUCGACAACGAAUGUUCGGGGCUGAAGAAAUGCUGUUCCAACGGCUGUGGUCAUACAUGUCAAAUACCACGUAACCUGUUCAGAGGCGUCCCUUUGAAGCCCAAAAAGGAGUUACGUUUUGCCGAGCUACAGUCUGGAAAUCUGGAGAUUAAAUGGUCGUCGAAAUUCAAUAUCUCUGUGGAACCAGUUAUCUACUUGGUACAGAGGAGGUGGAACUAUGGGAUCCAUCCCAGUGAAGAUGAUGCUUCUAACUGGCAAACAGUUGCACAGACCACAGAGGAACGAGUCCAACUGGCUGACAUUCGCCCCAAUAGGUGGUACCAGUUUCGAGUGGCUGCCAUUAAUGUUCACGGCACACGGGGAUUCACAGCUCCCAGCAAACAUUUCCGCUCUUCAAAAGAUCCUUCAGCCCCGGCUGCACCCUCUAAUGUGCGAGUCAGCAACUUUACUGCCAAUAGCGAUGGCACCAUUACCACAAGGAUCCUCUGGGAAGUGCUGGAAGAACCUGAUAUUCCUAUACACCAUUAUAAAGUCUUCUGGAGCUGGACAGUCAACACAAAGUCUAUGGUGCCAUCCAAAAAAAAAAGAAGGAAAACUAUAAAUGGAUCUCAAAAGCACGUGGUCCUGGACGGACUCCUGCCUAACAAUAGCUACAUGGUGGACUUGCAAGCUGUAGCAUAUUGGAGUCAAGUACGUCUAAAAAGUGCCAAAGUGUCCCUGUAUUUUGGCACCCCUCGGAUACCCAGCACGAGAGGCCUUUCAGCUUCAACAACAAAAUCCAGACAUGGUGUUGUCAAUGCCCUCCCAGCAUCUCUUGGGAAAAGAACUAUGCGCCUCAUUGAUGUUGGGGCCCCUUUCUAUCAGGACAAUCAGCUUCAGGUUAAAGUUUACUGGAAGAAAAUGGAAGAUCCUGGUGGCAUUGCGGAGCGAUAUCUUGUCCAGUGGAUGCCAGAGUCUUGCGUGCACAACGAGACGAAGAUUUCCAAAAAAGUAAUCGCCCAUGAAAGUUUUGUAAUCCUCCCAGGACUGAUUUUCUCUUGCACGUAUAAAGUUAUGGUUCAGCCAAUAAUGGCCAGGGGCCAGGGGAAAGCAGAGGCUGUGAUCUUCACAACUCCAACAUGCUCAUCUCUUCGAGGAAAAGGUCUAAAACAAAACAACUGUCCCAGCGAUGGGGUGACAACCAUUCCCAAAGUGCUUGUCAAACCCGAGAACCUGUCGGCAUCAUUCAUAAUUCACGCAGGGAACAUUACUGGACAUUUCCACUGGAGGAUAUCUAAAGUACAACUUCAUCAGCCCGUUACAGGAUUUCAGGUUACAUGGGCAGAGGUGACUACAGAAAGCCGACAAAACAGCUUGCCCAACAGCAUUAUAUCCCAGUCUCAAAUAUUGCCACCAGACCACCAUUCGCUUAUUGUGCCCGAUCUGAGGCCAUCAACUUGUUAUAGGCUGGAAGUACAACUACUGACUACAGCUGGAGAGGGUCCAGCAACGGUCAAGACAUUCCAGACACCUAGCUUAUCUUCAUCCUUGUCACACAGUAAGCUUCAGUAUCCCCACCACCCUAGCUGUAGUACAGUUCCACGUCGCGCAUUUCAAUCUGGUCAAAACCCGGAACACAAAAGGAAACUAAUGCUUAAAUUGUAAGAUGCGGGAUCUCUCUUUAUAACAAUAAUAUUUAUUGUUAAACUACUUAGUGCUUAUUGCUGUCUGGCAACUUUGUUUCUGAAACCUUUGCAUCUUGUUACUUGUCACUGGCAAAGUGAUAAAAGUGUCUUUGGUUCCAUUUCUGUACUAUGGUUGUUUAUGGAUGCCCAUCUCUUUACUGUAGGCUCCAGACUGCAACAUCAUCAGCAACAGAAGCCAGUAUCAGUAAAGCACUGAAACAAUUAUAAUUGCAUUAUGGAGGUUGUUUAAAGAUUGUUGAUGUGAAAAAAACAAUUUAAAAAAAAAAGACUCAUCUCCCUGUCUGAAAAAGAGAAAAGAGUAGAAGAAUGUCUCCCUCCAACUCGCCUUUUAAAAUUCGAUUAUCAAACCUGUGCCAUAAAAAGUAUAUUCUUCAAUGUUAUCAUCACUGUAUUGUGUCUUCAGAGGGUGGCUUUGAAAUUGUGCUAUUUAUUAACCUGUUUUGUUAAAUGUGCUGAUCCUGAUAUAUGCAAAAUUCACAUUUUCCCUAUGGAUACCUGUACUCGGCAAGCUGCCUGGAAAAUAUGUCUAAAACCUGCAUAUUUUAACUGCGAGUGAGAAUUCUGUCAGUUUAUUAAUCUAUUGCAUGUAAUAAAGUUAUUAAAUUAUAAUGUAAAUGAAUCUUAUCGGAUGUUGGCAAAGCACAGUUGCAUGGUAGACCUGUCAGUGUUCUAUAUGGCAUGAUUUGUAUGUCGAUGUUACCUCCACUGAGUAUAUUAACAUGAUACAGUUUACAGAAUAAUUAACAAAGUCUAUAUGCACAAAUUAUUUACUUUUUAAUAUUGGAAUGUUAAUGUAGUCUGGAAAUAUCAGUACUGUUUUGUCCAUUGGUAAACUAGCUGUAGAAAUCAUGUUCCUCAUUGCAGUCGUGUUUUGAUCAAUAUUUAUUACUGUAUACACCACUUUGGUUGACUCAUUUUGUGCAGCUUUGUCAUAUUUGGGAUAACAGACCUCUUGUAAAGACAUUUUGUAAAAAUGGAAUUUGUAAAUAGAGUUUGUUGUAUGUUACAUUACCCAAUAUUUUCAUGUUAGACUUUGUACAUAUUGUUGACGUAUUAAAGAGCUCUCCGGAAAACGUACAUGGCCA